GCUCCAUGUGCAACAGCGAAGAGGCGUUUAGUUUAGUUUGAGUUUGCUAAGAAAAAAGUUUUAAAAAAACACAAAAAUAGAGACGUGAAAUCCAAGAUGAGGAAUCUGUUAUAGAUUUGAACUGAAAAUAUAGAAGCUAUCGGAAAGAAAUGCAUUAAAAAGACAAGGGACUUGAGUUUAAGUCCGAAGAAACUGGAGAUAAACAUCGGGUUUUAAAGGAUGCUUCUUUGACUGCUGUGUGACGAGCAAAUGGACAGAGAGCGCCAAGAAAGGAGAGACGAGGAAGAGGAAGAGGAGGAGACACUAACUCCAUCUAGGAGAAGAGAAGAGGAAGAAGAGGAGAUGAUGAAGGCAGGUCCCAAAAACAGAGUAGUUAUCGGACACACUCCUAUCUCCGCCUCCUCCUCCCUUUCCUCCUUCCCUUUCAUCUCCUCCUCUCUAUGCCAAGGAGGAAGAGGAGGAGGAGAGGACGAUGAGGUGAACGUGGCCAUCGUCACCAUCGAGGACGAAUCCUGUCCGUCAGAGCCGUUUGGCAUCGCCCACCAGGAGACAGCCAAUCAGAUCGCACGGAUUGAGGGUGGGAGAGAUGAAAAGGAGGAAGAGGAGAAGGAGGAGAGAAACAGUGAGGAGGAGGAGGAAGAGGAGGAAAUGACGUCGCCAUCGCUUUACCUGCAGAGCCAGAUGAAGAGGAAGCUGGAUCACGGUCCAGACGGACGGCCCUUUCCCUCGGGGAAGAAACACUGCAAAGGCAACGGAUACCUCAGUCCGGCCAGUCUGGUCCAGGCCACCACCCCCACCACGUUCGGCGACCUGCGGCUGGCCAAUGGGCUUUCAGCUCAGCGGCGGCGCGUCACCUCGGGCCCCCCCCCCUCCGGCCUGCAGGACUGGCUACACAUCUUCCAGGCGUGGAGCGGUCCUGAGCGUCUAUUGGCUCUGGACGAGUUGAUUGACAGGUGUGAGACGGGCCAGGUGAAGCACAUGAUGCAGGUGAUCGAGCCGCAGUUCCAGAGAGACUUCAUCUCCCUGCUGCCCAAAGAGUUGGCGCUGUACGUGCUCACCUUCCUGGCUCCCAAAGACCUGCUGCAGGCGGCGCAGACCUGCAGGUACUGGAGGAUCCUCGCCGAGGACAACCUGCUGUGGAGGGAGAAAUGCCGCGAGGAGGGUGUGUCGGAGUAUUCGUCGUCUCGUCGCUUGAAGUGUUCGCCCCCCGGUGUGACGUCCAGUCCCUGGAAAUCAGCGUUCAUCCGUCAGCAUCGCAUCGAGAGCAACUGGAGGAGCGGAGACACCCGGGAACCCAUGGUGCUGAAGGGUCACGAUGAACAUGUGAUCACGUGUCUGCAGUUCAGCGGAGAUCUGAUCGUCAGCGGAUCCGACGACAACACGCUCAAAGUCUGGUCAGCCGUCACGGGGAAGUGCCUCCGCACGCUCUCCGGUCACAGUGGGGGGGUGUGGUGCAGUCAGAUGUCCGGUGCCACGGUGAUCAGCGGCUCCACUGACAGGACGCUGCGUGUCUGGGACGCAGAGAGCGGAGAGUGUGUGCACACACUCUACGGACACACCUCCACCGUACGCUGCAUGCAUCUCCACGGCGACAGGGUGGUGUCGGGCUCUCGGGACACGACGCUGCGUGUGUGGUGUGUGUCGUCGGGCAGGUGUGUGUGUGUGCUGACGGGUCACGUGGCGGCGGUGCGCUGCGUUCAGUUCGACGGGCGGCGCGUGGUGUCAGGGGGGUACGACUACAUGGUGAAGGUGUGGGACACUGAGACGGAGGCCUGUCUACACACACUGCAGGGACACACCAACCGAGUGUACUCACUGCAGUUUGACGGCGCGUUCGUGGUCAGCGGCUCGUUGGACACCUCCAUCAGAGUCUGGGACGCAGAGACAGGCGGCUGUGUUCACACGCUGACGGGACACCAGUCCCUGACCAGCGGGAUGGAGCUCCGGGAAAACAUCCUGGUCUCCGGGAACGCCGACUCCACGGUCCGAGUGUGGGACGUCCGGACCGGCCAGUGUCUGCACACCCUGCAAGGUCCCAACAAGCACCAGUCUGCGGUGACGUGUCUGCAGUUCUGCAGAGGACUGGUUCUGUCCAGCUCUGACGACGGCACCGUCAAACUCUGGGACCUGAAGACCGGUUCCUGGGUCCGGGACGUGGUGACGCUGCAGAGCCGUGGAGCAGGAGGCGUGGUGUGGAGGAUCCGAGCGUCCGACACUCGGCUGGUCUGCGCCGCCGGCAGCAGGAACGGCACGGAGGAAACCAAACUGCUCGUCCUCGACUUUGACCUGGACGAGCGCACGAAGGAAGAGGAGUGAGGAAGACCUGGUGGGUCCUUUUUUUGACCAAAAGUCAGACGGACAGGUAUGAAUGUGACCUGGAAGGGAUUUCAACGCGGUUGAUUUCUUCUCAGAUCGGCAACAGAUGAAUGUUUUUGACGCUUUACGGAAACUCAGAUGUAACUGGAUUUCCGGUCCAAGGAGACGAAGUGGAUCUUUACUGAAUGUAACCGACGGAGGGACGGGCAUCGACUUUAUUAUCCUGCUGCUGAACCAACAAACUCAACGACGGAGAUAAGACUACACAUGAACCAAUUCCUGAAGGCGGAGCAACUUAAGAGGCAACGCAGCGGGCCACGCUGCUUCAAAUCACUGUUGCUCUAGAUCACACGUCUCUUUGUUGUCUUUUAACGGGGAAGAUAUCCACCCUCAUGCAUCACACAUUUACCUGAACCUGCAGAAGAAAACGUGAAUUAAAGCUCGUUUCCAUCCAUUUCAGUAUUGUGGAAACAGAGGGUUGUAACUGCUAAUUUAAAAAGGUCUGCAGCUGAAGUGAAACAGUGAAAAGCAAUGUCAGAAUUGGGAUGGAAACGUACCAUUUCUGCAAGACUCAUGCAUAUUUUUCAUCUUAAUAUCUGUUUCCGAUGCACGGCCCCACGUUGCUUUGAGACGUCUCCACUCCUCUUUUCAUGCAUGGUUUAAAAAUGCUCCUAAAAAGCUGAGUGGAAACGCAGCUUCAGUUUUAUCUCUUCACCGUUGCCUCUAAGCUCAUGUGUCGCCCUGCAGUCUUGUAAUAUAUGUUUGUUAAAUUAAUAAUCAGAGCCCCCACCCCCCCACCCCCCCGCUUUCAUUCAAGCUCUACAAACGCCUGAUUUCAAAGUAAGAGAUUAUUUAUAGGCAAGAAAAGUUGUUUUCACCACUAAAAACCUGGUUUACGCUGCAGUUUCCAGCCAAAAGGAAACAGAAAUGCAGAAAAUGUGCCACAUUUUACCGUGAGUGAUUCAAUCAGAGCUUUACCUGCUUUACUUAACACCAAAUUAUCCCUAUCACCUUUUAUCCCUAAAAACUGGAAUUAAAAUCACUACAUUUACAGUUUUUAUUGAAUUUUGGACCAAUUUUGACUGUAAUUAUAAAUAUUGAAACCUAGGGAAGCAGAGAAAGGUGGUUUAAUUGUUCUCACUGCUUUAAUUCACUUUUUGGGUGAAAAAUGCCACUAAAUGAAUGAAAAUGUGUUAUAUUUUCACAAUAAAAAUAGGGAGGCAAGGAAAGCCAUUUAAUCCCAAAGGACACUUUAUUUUGAAAAACACUGAAUUUAUGCAAUUUAAAAUGUUCAAAAGGGUGAUUCAGCAAUGAAAAGGAAACGUUUGGUUUAUAUUUUAAAAUGAAAGAAUAUAUAUAUUUAAUUUGGUCCUAUCUGUGCUUCCAGAGAAGUCAAACGGUCCCUCAAAAAAAUGUGGCUCUCAAACCCACCCCUAAAGUUCUGUAAAAUAUGUACUCAGACAAAGACCUUUCAACUAUUUUUUAAAACUGAUUUAUGUUUGAUUUUUAUUUCUAAAUUAAACUCUACAGUCCAUUAAAAAUGCAGAAAAAAGGUAUAUUUUUUAGCAUUUCUUUGAGGUUAUAUUUCACAGCUUUAAAUAAUAUAUAUAUAUAUAUAUAUAUAUAUAUAUAUAUUAAAACCAAAUCUCAAAAGGCUUAUUUCACGCGUUUCCCCUCGGCUUAUGAAAUAUUUAAAAACACUCCCCUGAUGACCAGACACUAAAUCUGAUGUGAGCUGCUGUUGCCAGGCAACACCUCUGAACCAAUGAGAGCAGAGCUUGUUUUCUUUCGCCCGGCAACAGGUGGCGAUUUUCUGAAGUGAGGCUCUUCUGUACAUUACUGUAAAUAAAUGAAGAUGUAAAUAUUCAGCUUUUUAUAAGAACAUAUUGUGGAGAGGACGGAGGGAUGAAUGUGGAUCAAUAAAGAUGAUUUUAUAACAAAACAA